AUGAAACAAGCUAUUUUAAUUGUGCUUUUUGCAGCUCUCUUCUCUAGCGUCUUUGUUAGCGCAAUGAGUAUCGGUAGUGGUAUAAAUGGACUCUUCAGAAGAGAUUUACUGGUUGGAUGUAAAAGUAAUGAUGAUUGUACUUCUCCCGGUGAAGUAUGUGGUGAUGGAUCGUGUCGCCUUAAUCAAGGAGAACCUUGCACCGACGCCAACGCUGACUUUCUUUGCGUAACUUCUAUUUGUCGUGUUGUUGAAGAUGAUAGCGGCAAAUGCCAACUUACUGAUACUCGUCCUUCUAAAGAUAGUUGCUUUGUGAAUGAGGCAUGCGAGA